AUGGCUGAGCAGUAUUCCGCUGGACAUGACAAAAAACCAACACAGAAGAUCACGCAACUGUUGCGCACUGAACAGGGCAGGGACAGGAUAUUCCACUCUGUGUUUGUUCAUAGGGAUCAUAGGAAGAAAAAAGCUACUUCAUACUUGGGAACCAGCCAGGAAUUGAUUGAUUUUGAUGUGGAGUGGCCUGUUAAGCAGGAUUUAGCAGAGUAUGACAGAGAGACCAGUAAGGAAAAACAAGAUAGUCUUCACCACCUCACAUGGUUGGCGUUACACAGAUAUACACAGCGGUCUGAUGCUCAACCAGAUUUGUUUCAUUCAGAUGGUUUCACAAUGUUUGACGAACUCCUGUAUUCAACGACUAAUCUCAAGGUCGUACGUCCAGAAAGCCUGUGCAAGCUGGACACCAUUGCUUUCCUGUACGCCACUGUGUACACCACCUUGGGAAGAUUAGAAGAACAGAAACGUACGAUUGGUGAAGAUUUGGACAGACCAUUUCUCCUUCCAGCAAUAGUUUCUGAAAGUCUCUGCUCCCCACAGCAGGCCGAUUGGUGGAAAGCAGCAUACAAACUUGUCAACAAUGCUGCUGGCGAGGAUCUUGCCAGUCUGAGGGUCACCCUUCAGAGGGGCCUUGAGGUGGUACGUGCCACUGGUAUUCAUGGCCUGUCUGCACAGCUGGUCGUCCAACUUGCCAGGACCUUCCAACACCAGGCCAGUGCAAAGAUAAACCCAUCCACACCAGAGAGUCAGAGAACACAAUUGGCUGCUAGGGCUGUCCACUACUGGAAGGCAGCUCUGAACAUUCUGGAAAAACUAAAUCAGAGUCAGGUGGUGAGAUUGCCUAAACACUGCCUCUUCAGCAGUCAUGAGAUGUCAGCCCUCACUGGGAAGCAGGUUAGGCAGCUACUAGAGCAAGGUCACUACUUCCUGGCAUGUCAAGCCAUGGCUGCCGGCCAGGCCAAUUCAGCUCUAACCAUCCUAGAGGGGCUCCACCUACCUGAAGCAGCCUACAAGCAGGCUAUGAUCUUGAAAUCGAUGGGGAAAGAUGAUGACGUUGAGAAAGAGGCAUACCUUUCCAAGGCAUUGGACUGCUUGUAUCUGGCUUUGGACAGAAUCCGCAAGGAUCGGGAGAAUCCUCUGAACACUGUACUGGCCCUUGAGAUUGAACAGAUUGCAUCUAAGCUUCAGUGUCAUAAGCGAGGAAACGGGGCAAGCUCAGAAAUGGACAGCUGGCUGGAAAUCACUUCUACGGAUGUAAAUGGUCAACUGACCUCUGCAGGAGUUGGGGCAGGUCCAUCAAACAGCACUCCACUUCCUUACCACAGCAGCAAAAUGACAAAGUCUACCAAUUUGUCUGAGAUGUUUAAAGGCAGUGCUUCUCCUUCUGGAAAUCGGGAGCACGUUGAACCACCAAGUCCUGAACGACUAGCUGCCCAAUUACGUGCGAUGUCCUACUCACAGGAUACCUUUGUACAGAACAUCACUAAUCAAUACAAGUCACUGCAAGAAUCAAGUAUGGCGAUCGUAGAAGAGCUGAGAAACCAGAGGGCCAUUGUUGAGAAGCUAAAGUCACAGAUCGAGAAGUUGGAGCUACGCAGUGCUGAACGACCUCACGAACGUGGACGGAAAACUCUGUCAGCACCUCUCACACGCCCUAUGGAUGCCCACCAACAGGGCCGCUUUGCUGACUACAAACCAGCGUCACCCAUGGCUACACCUGCGCAUGUUGCAGAGAGACCUGACCAAGGUGAUAGUGAUGAAGAAGUCUCUAGUUCCUACAACUACUACUAUGACGGUGAUGAAUUCGAAGGUGACUAUGAUAAGUACUAUGAAGAACGAUCCUUUGAGGAGAACCCUGCACCACUGCCUCCACAAUAUGUGAUGGGACAGUACCCGAUACAUGCACCCUAUCCCUACACACAGCUGUCAGGAAUCGAGGGAACAUCAACACUAGCUUACCCUCCUCAAGUGCCUGGCGCCUCAAACAUGCAUCACCAUGGCUACCCCCCAUCGGUGGCACCAGUCAAUGCCAUUCACUACCAGUACUAUCCCCACCCAUCUGGAUCAUCGUCCAUCAUACACGGAGGCGUUCAGCCAUUCCCGUACUACCCGGCUGGUACCACCAUCACUGGAGCUUUGCCAUUCGGUGAGGGCACACAGCUUCCGGAGUUCAAGUUUCCACCUCUGCAACUGCCUGUAAGCUCUCAGCUUCCAGCAGCUUCUAGUGCUGACCCAUGCCUUCUUGGGGUAGACCUGCCGGUUUCGCAUCUGCCUGCACUGCCGGGGACACAGGCUGCAUGUAUGACCCUGGGUGCAGUCCAGCUACCCAAGGCAACAAUGCCGAGUAGUCAGCACGUUGCAUCCCAGUCAUUCACUAGUGCAGGGUUGAGUGUGAAGAGCCUCCUCAGCAGUUCGGCAAUAACCAGAAGCGGAGAUGGGCAAGCACACAGUUUUCAGAUACCUCUUCCAGCUGACUAUAAGCCUCCUGUACAAGCAACAGUACCAUUAGGGAACACGUCACCAACGACAAUCACCAGUCCCGCUGCUAGGACGUACAGGCUAUCAACAUCCCAGUCACAGGAUGGUGAACUUUCUGAUCAUGAACCAAGUGUUGACUUUGUUCCACUCAUCCCCCUUCCAGCUGAGGUCGAGGUGCUGACAGGUGAGGAAAAUGAGGAGAUUAUGUUUUCUGAAAGAGCCAAGUUGUUCCGUUUCACGGAGAAGGAGUGGAAAGAGAGAGGAAUUGGCAUUGUAAAAGUUCUAAAGAGCUCGCAGAAGGGUACAGCCCGUGUGCUCAUGAGGCGAGAUCAGGUCUUAAAGGUGUGUGCUAACCAUAACAUUUUGCCUGGAGCAUCACUUUCGGCCAUGGCUGGCACUGGGAAGGCAUGGGUGUGGUACGCGCAAGACUUUAGUGAGGAGCAGCCACAGAAUGAGCAUUUUUGCAUCCGAUUCAAGACUCCAGAAAUUGCUCUCGAGUUCAAGCGAGUAUUUGAGAUUUGUGCUAAAUUCACCGAGGUGAAAUCUGAUAAGAAACCAACGGAAUCACCAAAACCAUCAUUACCAGAAGAUGUACUACCCUCAACUGGUUUUGGGUAUAAAUUCAAAGCGAAGGUUGGUUCAUGGAACUGUGAGGUUUGCUACAUCCACAACUCAGUUGACAAGACAUGUUGCAUCGCUUGCAUGACACCAAAGCCAGGCAGCAUGCCAGUGGCGGGCAAGAUAGCUGGUUCGAUCAUGCAAGGGACGCCCAUUGUGAACCCUGCUGGUGCAAUAACGACUACUGGCUUCAGCUGUGGCUCAGCAGUCAGCAGAACUGCUUCUGGAACUGUGACAAGUGGCCUCAUGUUUGGCAAUGUUCCUUUAGGUGUGAUCAGUGCCCCAAAGCCAUCUGUAUUAACAACUAGUGGGUUUAUGCUCAGCACACAGCAGGCAUCGGAGGUUUCUGAUUCAAAGAACGCCGACGUUCUUACACCUGCAACACUUCCUACAGCUGUGCAGGGCUUUUCAUACCACAAAACCCAGCCAGACACAGCAAGAACAGGCUCUCCCGGUGGCACUUCACCUAGUGUCCUAGGAGAGCAGGGAGGUGGAACCAAUGCUGCUAGUGAUGGGGACAAGCAUGAAAAUGAUGAUACCAAUAAAAUCUUUGGUGGGUUCAGUUUCUCAACGCCACCAAAGAUACAAGGGGAGGUCGACAGCCCCCGUGUCAAGCCGUCAGCAGAGAAGUCAAAAUCGGACACUGCUCCGAAGCCUAGCCCCUUUGCAGGCUUCAUGUUUCCGAUGGGAAAUGAUACGAAUGCAAACGGGGAUAACGGCAGACAGGCUACCAUGAAUCUUCCAGCACCUGUCUUGGGUGCUGAUACCACCCUCGACUUUGCGGCCCUAGCGAAGCUUGGCACUGAUACGACGGAUCAUGGCUUUCAGAAGUCGGAGAGCUUUGCUGGAUUUCCGGGUGCAGGCAACCAGCUGUUUUCCCCUACAGCUGCUGACGAUCAGCAUACUAGCGACUUUGAGCCAACAGGAGACUUUCACCCAGUCAUGCCCCUGCCAGCUCUCGUCGAGGUGAAAACAGGUGAAGAGGAUGAGUCAAAGCAGUUUGGUGUGCGCGCGAAGCUAUAUCGCUUUGAUCUUGAGGCAAAGGAAUGGAAAGAGCGUGGCAUUGGCGAGCUGAAGAUCCUCAAACAUAAAGUGCAUGGCCGUUGCAGAGUCAUCAUGCGUCGUGAACAAGUACAUAAGCUGUGUGCAAAUCACUAUAUCACACCAGAAAUGACUUUGAAUCCUGUGGAUGACUCGGACACAAAGUGGUGUUGGCACUGCAUAGACCAUUCUGAAGACAAGGGCAAGAAGGAGUUUUAUGCAGCAAAGUUUAAGACUGCACAGCACGCUCACGAAUUCAAUGACAUUUUCUAUCAGUGCCAGAAUAACCUCAAGGUGGCGACAAAAUCUGUAAACACUAAUGAAGAUGAAGGUGUGUUAGAUAACGAAACAAAUGAUCCCUCCCAGCCGUCCUUAGCUGAACUAUUCAAACCAAAACCAGGCUCUUGGACAUGCACAGCUUGCUACAUAAACAAUUCUGCCGAUUCAAAACGUUGUAUCGCUUGUGAAACGCCUAGACCGGAUGCAGAGGGAUUGACACACCAGGCAGACAAACUGCAGCAGCCACUCACAGACCUCUUUAAACCAAAACCUGGGGCAUGGAUGUGUGAUGUUUGUUCAGUAUCUAACACGCGUGCUGCCACAUGGUGUGUCGCUUGUGAAGCACCGAGAGCAGGUGGUAGUCACGAGGCAACCUCCGAGCCAGCUAGUGAUGUGAGCAGUGGACAUGUUGGAGUCGAUGGGUUUACUUUCGAUGUAGGAAAUAGUGGAAUGAGCCCUAGCACAUCUACCCCUGGCAUGCCAGUUGUGAAUGUGUCAGGUGAAGGAGUGGGAUUUACAUUUAAUAAAUCCGUAGCUGCAUCCGGCUUCUCAUUUGUAAGGGAUGUAAAUAGGCCAGCUUCUACUUCGAACAGUGCACUGCCUACAUUUGCUUUUGGUAUGACAGAAGAAAAGAAUAAUGCAACCAGCUCUGAGUUCCAGUUUAAUUUGUCCGACGUAAAGUUCACAAUUGGUGCUGGGGACGCAAGUAAAGACAGCUUGGAUACAGAUAAGCCGGGUCAUGUUACCUACCAAGCAUUGAAUGCCCAAACCAUCAGCUCCACUUCACAGAAAGACUCAGUUCAGGUGUCUAACGAGAGCUCCACAGUCUUCGGAACUACGAACGUCUCACUUAGUGCACCUGAGUUCAAGUUCAGUGGCGUACAGUCGCCAAGCGUGCCUGCCUCUAAUCCUGAAAGUCCAGGCAGUCCGAUCAAGUCACCGGGACGGGAUGACAGUGAGCUUUACCAUAGUGAGAAUGAGAGUGACCACAUUCACUUUGAACCGCUUAUCCCACUGCCCGAUAAGGUCGAGGUCGUGACCGGGGAGGAGGAGGAGAAGUUACUGUUUUCGCAUCGGGCCAAGCUUUUUCGUCAUGUGGACGGUGAGUGGAAGGAACGUGGUAUCGGCGACAUCAAGUUGUUGCUGCAUCAGCAACUCCACACAGUGCGUGUGCUGAUGCGACGCGAACGCAUACUGACUAUUGCGUGCAACCACUACGUGAAGGCUGACAUGGCACUUUUGGAGCAUGAUGAACGCUCAUGGAUGUGGUGUGCGAUUGACCAUGCCGACAACGUACCUCGGGCAGAGAAGUUUGCUGUUCGCUUCAAGUCGCCGCAGAUAGCAAUGGCCUUCAGUGAGUCCUUUGAGGAUGCCAAACAGCACAUAGCAGGUGAGGGCGGGAAACUGGAGAUAGGGAGCAGAGCACUGAUGACGGAACACAAUAAAGGUGGUGAGUUAAUCACCAAAGACACCAGUGCAAGCCCAGACAUUCCUGUUAAAGGCCUGAGUUCGAGCAGUCUGUCUUCAUUUUCGUUCAAUUUAGCACAGACAAAAGAGGUUGGUGUUGCAUCAGACCCCUUAUCAUUUGGAAACAAGUUUGCAACACUGCCUAGCAAAACUGGCCCAUCGUUCGCUAGAUCCAGCUUCGGGCAGAGCAUAACAUCUACUCAGUUACCGUCCGGUGGCACCAGCAUGGAAGAAAGUGUUUCCACCACUCGGUCACUAUUUGGACAUCCAGAUUUCACUCACGACCAAGCACCCGCCUCACUGUCAGCGUUUGGAGGGUUUGGUGUUGGAAAGCCAAGCUCUUUCCCUGGAUUCACAUUUGGAGCAGCAGAAAAGAGUUUCUUUUCUGAUGAAGUUGGUGUCCUAGAAGUCGUGUAUAUGAAGAAGGCUGCCGAGGACCAGGUUACCCUAGCAAAAAAGUUUCAGCUGCCAGAAAACUUCUAUCUUUAUGAGGUGUCACCUGUUUGCUCAGGCUGUCGUGGAUGUGAUUCUGCAGACUUAAAGGCUAGAAGAAUUUCAUUGUCUACAGCGCAAGAAGAUGAUGCAGGCUGCCAAGCUUCUAGGGAGAAUGAUCCUGGCCAGUCAGAAUCAGAGGGCAUCCUAGUUCGAGCAGGGAAGAUGCAGAUGCAAUCGGAUAUAUCAAGCACCACCAAAGGUGAUAUAGUUUUGGCAGAACAACUGACAGAUGAGGUGCCUGAGUUAGGCUUGUGUGGAUCGGCCACUUCCUUUGCCGAACUAGCAAAUGUUGCUGAUCAGGAACCUGCAUUGGUCUGCAAGAGAGGUUCUGACAUGCCAUUCCGUUUCGCGGGGGCUGGCCAGUCUGUCUUCGGCAGUAUUCUUGACACGAGUGGUGAAGACAGUGGAACUAGUGUUUCGUCAAGUCACAAUAUUCACUUCGAGUCGACCGAACAUCUGCCUGACCUGAUCGAGUUGAAGACUGGAGAAGAGGACGAGGAGAGGAUCUUCUCAAACAGGGGAAAGCUUUACAGAUUUUCUACUGAUACUGGACAGUGGAAGGAGAGAGGAGUAGGAGAUAUGAAGAUACUGCAGAACAAUGAUACAGGUAGGGGUAGACUGUUACUGCGGAGGGAACAGAUUCAUAAGUUGGCCUGCAACCAGCUCGUUGUGUCUACCAUGGAAUUAAAACCAAUGAUGUCAUCAGAAACAGCUUGGUGCUGGCAUGCGUUGGAUCACAGUGAAAGUGAACCAAGUCACAAUAAAUUUGCUAUCAGGUUUAAGAUCUGACAGCACCGGGACAGGCAGAAGUUUCAACAGUCAUUGAUGAGAAGAAGUCAGCAUUCCCUCCUCAGCAUUGCGAGGAGCAUAUUCCAGAGAAAGAAAGUGCUGAAAAAGUAAAAGGACUAAGGGAAGAGGCCCCAACGGAAACAGGGGAUGAUGAGGAGGAAGACAAUGAUAUUGACGAGCAAGUUCUAUUUGAGAAGAGGGCUAAAUUGCACUAUAUCGAAGCAGGUGCCUAUGAGACGGUUGGUACGGGAACGCUGCAGGUGAUCUAUGAUGAUGACGUAUAUGGUGCUAGGGUGCGUAUGUAUGGUGACUCCAAUCAGCCAUUCGUAAAUCACGUAAUCACGCGGGAGAACAACCUUCGCGUGGAUGAGAAGAAGCACUCAUGCGAGUGGACUGCCACUGACUUCGCAACAGAGACACCGGUCCUGCGCACGUUUAGCGUGCAGUUCAGUUCCACUCAGGCUAUGGAGGAGUUUAUUGCUAUUUUCACUGAGGGUAAGACCUGGGCUAAGGACUCUGAGCUGUCAGACAUCAUGCUAAGUGCUGCAGCAUCGCCACACAGUGCUGCUCUGGAAGUGGGUGGUGCUCCUGUUUACAUACCGCCACCAUCGAUGGGCCUUCCCUUACACCUCCGGUUUCACGCCCCAGGGGCUGCUGGCUCACUAAUCGAUGAUUCCUGCAGCCACGUUCGGACUUGUGACCCACAGCUCUCUGAGGCACUAGAGGGUGAUGACACAACUACACGUGCGACUGGAGUGGAUGAGGAGGCACAGGAAAUACCGUAAUUAUCGUCACAUUACACAUCAGCGUUCCGUUCUUCGGCAGUUGUCAAGGGAAAUUGUUCUCUACUUCAUACCAACUCAUUUCAGAAAAGUCGUAGAUUUGGUGUGUUUUGCAUGCUCUAUUGUGACAUGCUAUAAUGCAUGAAUCUCCACACACUAAGAAAAUGCUAUUUCUUAGCGAAGUGUUGCAAAUGAUUUAAAUUGAUUUUGAUUUAAAUUGCCCAUCAAUAAUUGUUUUUUGUGCCAAGCAAUAAAGGCUUAGCAAUAUCAGAUCUAUAAACAGCUAUACUGAUAUAGGCAUUACUUUUUAGUAGUAGCAUUGUGGGUAUUUAUUUUUACAACAUUCUGGAUAAAUACAUGGAGUUAAAUUUUGGAGUUUUCUGGAUUAAUACAUUAUGGAGCUUGUAUGGUUUUUAUUGCGCAGUCAUUGUAAUGUUGUAGCCUGCUUUAUGUAGCUUACUAGUGAUGGUGGAUCAGGAUUAGUACAAUCUGUCAUAGUUUACUACCGCAGGUGGAUCAGUAGUAAUACACCGACUACUUUAGUGUUAACCGUGCAGCAUGCUGCAGUUAGCUACUAAAUGUGGCUCCGUAGCAUGCACCUUAUUGUAACGUUCCUAUUGGUGGUGUAUAACUAGCCGUGCACUCUGUUGUAGCUCUAUCCAUGUAUCUAGAUCAGUAAUGUUCCGUUUACUAUGGUUUGCUUGUGCCCAGCGCGUCAGUAGUUACGUGCAGUCUAUCUUUACCAGUACUGGUUGGUAAUUAGUUAGGCUGUUUACUGCACUUUUUCCAACACCGCUGAGUCAUUAAUAGUGCACAAUAUCGUUACAACAUCAGUGUGGGCCGCUAGUAAUCAGAUAGACCGGUGCAACAAAAGAACAAAGAAGUAAAACAUUUAGCCUUGCUUGACGUUGUAUACUAGCCCAUUGCCCUGUAACAUGUUUUUGUUUGCUGUGGUAUAUAUUUUUAGCUAAUUAUUAAAAUCUGGUAAACAUCUUUGUAUACAUUUCUAACUGUAUUUAUGAGUCCGAGAUCAUCUCUUUAAAACCUUUUUGAUUUAUAAUUUCCAUGUUGAUUAUAAGCAUUUCGUAUACGAAGUACACAAAGUUUCCAUUUCAUUCCGAAGUUAAAUAGUGAAUUUAAGCAAGUGUGCAUUACAUUUACAUUUACAUGUAUAAGCUUAUUCAAGAAAGAUUGUUGUUAAGUUCUUAUUAUGCAAAGUUUUUUUCUUGCAGAGUUCCAUUUUCAAUAACUGACGACGAAUCCCUUUUGUUUGCGUGUGUGUAUCGUUGCAUUAAAAACCCUUUUAUUAGAUUUGUCAAUAACUUCCCACAUAAUGUAUGCAUGUGAGUCGUAAUUUGAUGGUUUAACAGUAUGCAAUUCUUUAUCUGAUAUAUCAUUUUGUCAUAAUUGUAUAUUAAUUGUGAGUUCAUAAUAUUCUGGUAGCAAGAUGGUAAACUGAAUUAAGGUGUUGAAUAAAGGCAUAGUAUAAUGUGGUAGGAAUAUGUCCGCAGACAUCUCAUAAUGGGUGUAACAUUAGUUCUGCUGCAUGGUCUGCAAGUACAAUUGUAGGGAAUUUAUUAAAUGAGUAGGAUACAUAAUCACUUUACCAUGUGGGGGUGAAUAAGUUGAUUAGUAGGGCAGUUGUAAGCUGCUUGAAGAUUGGCAAAUUUCGCUUAAAUUAUAAUUUGAGGUUUCGCUUUAAUUCGGGUUUAGUACUGGUUGAGAUCAAGUUAAAAAUUAUACAUACUGUAUCUGCCCUCUAUUAAGCAUGCUUACUAGUGUGUGGUAAUUUGUUGUCAUGAUGAGUCUUUCGCAUAGUAAAGCGUAGAUAAGGAUAAAGUAGGGUAAUACACUUUAGUAGUAAACUGGAAUGUUUUCUUUGGUUUAGACCUUGUAUGUCGAAGGGUAAUAAAUAUGUUCGUCAUGUUUCAUGUUUAACAAUUUAACAAUUGCGCUUGUAAUUUAUCCGCGUGUGUAUAAUUUAUACAAAUUCUACGACUGAUUAUACGAAUUCCGAUAAGCAAGA